AAUAUUCGGUCUUGAUUUUAAUUUGGUAAAUUAUUUUGUUAAGAAACAAAACAAGCAAAAGGGAUGAUAAUUCCUGAUAUUCUAGGUAGUAAAGCUGACACUCAAAACCUACUGAAUUACUCAUACAACUUGAUAUAAUCUUUUGACAAGAAACUAGAAUUGAUAUGGUUAACAAGGAGAAUUACAAAAGCGAGCUCCGAUCUGCAAUUCUUCAUCUCAACGAACGUGGUCUUUAUUCUGCUUCCAAAUGGGCAGCAGAACAGUUGAUGGGCAUAGUGAUGGACGGAGAAAAAAACAUACCUGUUCGCUAUAAGUACCUGAAAGUGAAUUCUAGUACUCGUAGACGGUCCCGAACUGAUGAAUCACCUUCGACUCUAGGUGCUGGUUCCAACAUAUCUACUCCUGUGCGGGACGAAUACAAUGAUGGGAUGGACAAUGAUUAUUACCUUUUGGCGAAGUCUUAUUUCGAUUGUAGGGAGUACAGGCGUGCUGCUCAUGUGCUCCGUGAUCAGACAGAAGUGGAAGAAUGUGAGUUGCAUUUUCUAGUAGAGAUGUUCCUCUUGUCAAGAGCCUCAUACGAUGAAAAGGCUGGAGAAAAAAGAAAAGAAGAAGAGAAUAUCGAGCUUGAAGGACCCCUGGGCAAGAGUGAUGCUUUGAAUCAAGAACUGGUUUUACUUGAGAGCGAAUUGUCUGUGCUUCAAAAGAAUGGCACAAUUGAUUCCUUUGGACUUUACCUAUAUGGUCUUGUUCUCAAAGAAAAAGGCAGUGCAAAUCUUGCUCGUAUAGUUCUCGUGGAUUCGGUAAAUAGCUACCCAUGGAACUGGAAUGCCUGGUCAGUACUCCAAUCUCUAUGCACUACAGCUGAUAUAUUGAACAGUAUGAAUCUUAAUAACCAUUGGAUGAAAGAAUUCUUUCUUGCCAGUGCAUACCAUGAACUCCGAUUGCAUAACGAAUCCUUAGCAAAAUAUGAGCAUCUAGAAGGAACUUUUGGCUAUAGCAACUACAUCCAAGCAGAAAUUGCUAAAGUCCGGUAUAGUCUGAGGGAGUUUGAUCAAGUUGAGGACAUAUUUGAAGAACUUUUGAGUAAUGACCCUUAUCGAGUUGAAGAUAUGGAUGUGUAUUCCAAUGUGCUCUAUGCAAGAGAGUGUUUUUCAGCCUUAAGUUAUCUUGCCCACAAAGUGUUUAUGACAGAUAAAUACAGGCCUGAAUCGUGCUGCAUUAUUGGAAAUUACUACAGUUUAAAGGGACAGCAUGAGAAGUCAGUGAUGUAUUUCAGGAGAGCACUUAAAUUAAAUAACAAGUAUUUAUCAGCUUGGACACUUAUGGGACAUGAGUAUGUUGAGAUGAAAAACACAGCUGCAGCUGUUGAUGCAUAUCGGCGAGCUGUAGACAUUAGUCCUUGUGAUUACAGAGCGUGGUAUGGAUUAGGACAAGCAUAUGAAAUGAUGGGGAUGCCCUUAUAUGCCCUUCAUUAUUUCAAAAAAUCAGUGUUUUUGCAGCCUAAUGAUUCAAGGUUGUGGAUUGCUAUGGCUCAGUGUUAUGAAUCAGAUCAGCUUCAUAUGAUUGAGGAGGCAAUAAAGUGUUACAGGAGGGCAACAAACUGCAAUGACAGUGAAGCAAUGGCUCUUCACCACCUAGCAAAGUUGCACGCUGAGCUUGGGCGUUCUGAAGAGGCAGCAUACUACAAUAAAAAGUACUUGGAAAUGAUGGAAGACGAAGAAAGGGAAGGUCCUGACAUGGUAAAAGCUUUGAUGUUUCUUGCUCAGCAUUGCAAAGAGCAAAAGAGAUUGGAGGAAGCAGCGGUAUAUUGUACCCGUCUGCUCGAUUAUACUGGGCCAGAGAGGGAACAAGCAAAGAAUUUGCUGAGAGGAAUAAGACUUGAACAAUCUAGUUCUCCUGCUAUGGAUAUUGAUCAAUUCCCUCUCGAGUAAUUAUCUAACAAUGCACCAGAGUAUGCACACCUGGUUGGCCAGUUGUGGUGACUCUAGCUGAGGAAAAAGAAACUUGGGUUCAAUAGGCACUUUGAUCUAUACCUGUAUGAUAAUAUAGUAGAGUAUUUGAGACAAUUCUCUGUUUAUAUGCUUGUGAUGUUAGACUGUAACUGAAGCUUGGUUUUAAUAUGUAUGCAAAUGUAUAUAGAAAGGGUCUGGUUUAACUGAGAAAUAUGUUUUAGUAUGGGAAGGGGAGAAGCAACUGUUAUGCA